GUCUUCCAGUGACGUUUGUGGCGCCAGAAAUCAAGGGUUUUGGUUGGGGAGGGUUGUGUGUUAGUACGGGCCAUAUAUUACCUAGGAAUGUUAUUAAAUAGUUUCAGUUUUGACACAAGUAAUUUAGUAUAAAAAUCGGUCUAAAGUUAAGAUGGUGAUGCUACGCAGCAGCGGCGUGGGCGCGGAACCAGCAACUCGGAAGAAGAACCGGGUUGACUUGGAUACGAGCUCCGAGUUUCUGUCGCUGGAGAGCGCAUCGCAGACAAAGUCGAGUCGGCUGAAGAGGGGCCUGGAUGACAGCUCUAGUAACACUGAAAACACGCCAAAUGGCCACUCGAUGGUGAAGGAGGAGGAUAGCACUCCGAGACGAGGAUCCCUGAGGACCAGGGGACAGACCGUCAAACAUGAGGUGUCUUUGGCUAAAAUGAAUGGCCAGACAAAGUGCCCAAUCAAGUCCCCUGAGAAAGAAGAAACUGGCGAACACAGCACAAGGAAAUCCCCAAGACUGCAGGGCGAUGGAAAAGCCUCCGCGUCAUCCAGGGACAAGCAAUCUGAAGCUGAUGCUACUGAUGAAGUUGAGGAAGAAGAGGCCUCUACUCUGAAGACCCAGUUUGUUCUGCGUCCCAGGGAGGAGGACAGCUCUGUGAGACGCAGCUCCAGGAUCACCAGAUACAAGCGCAACUCCAGGAACCAGUCUGUACUCUAUAACCGCCUCAUCACCAAUACAGCUGAGGCAGUGCUGCAGAAGAUGGGUGACAUGCAGAAAAUGCGUCGCCGGUUAAGAAGCAGGGAUACUACGGAGGAGGACAUUGUAAUCUACGCUGGGGCCAAGAGGAAAAGGACUUCUGAAAGAACCGAUGAAGGAAGUGAAGACCCUCAAGAGAAUGAAAAUGGAGUGAUCUCCAGUGAAGAGGAGAUUGAUGAGGAAGAGGGAGGCAAAAAUAAUCAGGCAGAUGACGAAGACGACGACGAUGAUGAUGACGACCGUAAUGAAGAUGAUGAGGAGGAGGACGAUGAUGAUGACCAUGAUGAAGAGGACAACCAGAAACGUUAUGACUUCAGGCAGAGGAAAGCUGCCGUUCGCUACCAGGCACCACGGGAGGAGCCCAAGACAAAGACCAUCUUCUUCAAGACUUCAAGACACUUGUCCCCAUCCAGGCGGAGGUAUAGGUUCAGCUCUACUGGUCCGAGAAGCCCUUACAACAUAAGGAGAGGCAACAGGAGUGUGUCUGAUAGAAGAAGACAUGCCAUCCACAGUAGUGACUCCACCUCCUCGUCCUCCUCCUCUUCCUCCUCCUCCUCUGACGAUGAGAGGUUCCAGAGGAGGAGGAAGAAGAGCAGGAACAGAUCGGUGAAUAGAUGUCUUCCCAUGAAUCUGCUGAAGGAGGAUGUCCUGGGAAUCCACAAGGACAGGAUGAAGAUUGGAGCCAGUCUAGCUGACGUUGACCCCAUGCAGAUAGACCAGACAGUAAGUCUAGCUGACGUUGACCCCAUGCAGAUAGACCAGACGGUAAGUCUAGCUGACGUUGACCCCAUGCAGAUAGACCAGACAGUAAGUCUAGCUGACGUUGACCCCAUGCAGGUAGACCAGACAGUAAGUCUAGCUGACGUUGACCCCAUGCAGGUAGACCAGACAGUAAGUCUAGCUGACGUUGACCCCAUGCAGGUAGACCAGACAGUAAGUCUAGCUGACGUUGACCCCAUGCAGGUAGACCAGACAGUAAGUCUAGCUGACGUUGACCCCAUGCAGGUAGACCAGACAGUAAGUCUAGCUGACGUUGACCCCAUGCAGACCAAUGGCCGUAUCGACUCCAUUCAUCAUUAUACAUGA